AGCCAUUUUGGCUCAAGGCUCGGGGGGCUGCUCCGAGCGGCCGCCUUAUCCACCCCGCCCUUCCCCGCGCCGAGCUGCCCGACCCACUCGUCCUGAUGAUGAGGGCCGCCGCGGCCUUCGCCCUGCUCGCUUCCGCGCGGGCGGGCGAUGCGUGCAACGGGAAGUACACCGACGAGAAGAGCUGCAGCGCGGAUUCUGCGUGCACCUGGUGCAAGGCCGCGGCGGUGCCGAGCGCCUGCUUCCAGAAGGAGGACGCAAAGCGCCUGCCGUCCGGCGUCUUCACCUGCGGCGGUGGCCGCCAGCGCAGGAACGAGCUCCUCGCACGCGAGGUGCAGGAGGGCAUGGGCAUCGUGUGGCGCGGCAACGCCUCCAACUCUCACGAGCUGCUGCUGUCUGAUGCCGAGUACCCCGAGGAGUUCAGCUGGUGCAGCAAGGAUGGCAAGAGCUUCUGCACCAUGAACCUCAACCAGCACAUCCCCCAGUACUGCGGCUCCUGCUGGGCUCAUGGGGCGGUGUCUGCGCUCGCUGACCGUGUCAAGAUCGCCCGCAACGCCGAGGGAAUCGACGUCAACCCGUCCGUGCAGCACAUCCUCAACUGCGGCGGCGUGGGCAGCUGCCACGGUGGAUCGAUCGACGGAGUGUACCAGUGGCUGAAGAAGAUCUCCGACAGCGGCAGUGGACUGAGCUAUGCGACUGCCCAGCCCUACAUGGCGUGCUCCUCGGAGUCCACGGAGGGCUUCUGCAAGCAAGUCGACUGGACGUGCAAGCCCGAGAACAUUGCGCGCACCUGCGGGAGCUUCGACCACGAGGGCGGCGCUUGCUCCGGCCUCAGCUCGUACCCGAACGUCACCAUUUCCGACUACGGCUCCAUCAGCGGCAAGGAUGCCAUGAUGAAGGAGAUCUAUGCCCGCGGUCCUAUUGCCUGCGGCAUCGACGCGAACCCGCUGCUGAACUACGAAAACGGCGUGAUUACAACGCCGAGCGAGUCAAUCGACCAUGUUGUAUCGGUCGUCGGCUGGGGCAAGGACGAGGAGAACGGCGGCUACUGGAUCGUGCGCAAUUCGUGGGGCGAGUACUGGGGCGAGAUGGGCUACGUGCGCGUCGGCUUCGGGGCCCUCAACGUGGAGGGCCAGUGCUCCUGGGCCGUCGUCAAGGACUUCACCGCGCCCGAGAAGUCGAACCAGGUGCACUGCCACGAAGGCGGCGACAACUGCAAGGCACCGAAGGUCCCCCAGCUCGCCAUGGACGACUUCGUGGUCUGACAGGUGCCGGUGCAGCGCACACCUGAGACAAGUGUCGGCGGAGCGCGCACCGAUGACAGUGUGGCGCUGAGACAGAAUCUGCUGCCUUCUUGAGGGAUGGGCUCGAGGACGACCGGCUUAUCCUCGGCUGUCAAAUUUUGCCGCGGCACCGUAUGCACCACCAUUUGAAGAUCGUAGUAUAGCAGUGCUCGCUAGUCCGAUGCCUACGCUGGGCAUCGUGGAGAUGUUUGCCAAGGGGCAGGCCUCCAUUUUUGAGACAGCUGCAUUAGUACCGCUACACUGCUCAAAACGCCGUGCGCUUCCUCC